GACAAUGCGAAAAAAAAGUAAUCGAAGUUGCCAUAACAACCUCGUGAAUACAAACCCUUUGAUUUUGACAAUUGAUUGAAGGCAACCGCAAAAAUGUCCAUCAUCGUCAUUCAAAUAUUCUUCGAGGGGAAUCGCAGUGUUGACGUUAAAUGAUAUGUUGAUAUUUUUGUAGUACAAAAGAAAAAAUAUAUCAGAAAUAAAGAGGUCUUAGAACAAUGAACUUUUUUGAGCAGCCUUAUUACAAGUUACCAAGAAACUUUGCACGCUCAAUAGGCCGAUGGCCAUAUCAGUCGGAGCUACAAAGAUUUAUAAUAGCGAUUGCUAUUAUUUUCGCAUUUAUUUUACAAGUUGGACCAAAAAUACUAGCUGACAUAGUGCAUUCUGAUGAUCAAGAGCUAAUAUUUGAAACAUUAGCACCAACUAUAACGGACGUCGCUUCAUUUGCUAAAUAUAUGAAUACUUUUAUAAAUGCAAAAAUGAUUAAAAGGCUCCUUCAGAGAAUUAAAGACGAUUGGACAUUUAUGCCGGACGAUAGUGAAAAACUUAUUUUGAAAAAAUAUGCUGGAUUGGGAAAACUCAUGGCAACUGGAUACGUAGGAUUUGUAUACAUGACGACUGUGAUGUUCAUAACGGAACCGUUAUUGCCGAUGAUUAUAAAUAUAAUUUUGAACACAAACAUAUCUGCUCCGCAUGAGUUUCCUGUUCCGAUGGAAUGGAUCGUUAUAGAUAAAGAAAAGUAUUACUGGUUACUAUUUAGUAAUUCCAGUGUUUGUAUUAUGGUUAUUUUAACAGUACUGAUUUCUUACGACGUUAUAUUUAUUACAUUUAUACAUCACGCCUACGGAUUAUUUGCAAUUACAGGAUACCGAAUUAAAAACUUGCCUAGUGAUGCAGUACGUAAAAAUAAUCUUACAUCAGGAGCAAAUGCAUCUUCAAAUUCAGAUGAUGUCCAUUAUAAACAUCUGGUUUCGUGCAUAAGAAUUCAUAAACGGGCUUUAGAAUAUGCUGAUUUGAUUGAGAAUACUUUUGCUGGAUGCUUCGGAGUAGUUAUUGGAUUAAACUUGCCGCUAAUGAGUAUUACUGGGAUUCAAAUUAUUGCGAAAACAAGUACAUUUCAGCAGAAAAUAAAAUAUGUCAUGUUUACCGGAGCUCAAAUGCUACAUCUUUUUUUCGAAUGUUUUUUAUCCCAGCAAUUGACGGAUAUGAGCUUACGAAUCCAACAACACAUAGCUAAUGGAAAGUGGUACAAUAUUUCGUCAAAAUCACAAAAAUUAUUGAUUCUCAUGACAAUGAGAUGUCAAGUGCCUUGUACUUUAACAGCAGGAAAAAUUAUGGGGUUAUCUAUUGAAAGCUUUGGAAUGAUGAUGAAAACAUCUGGAUCAUAUUUUACGGUUCUUCUAUCCAUGCAAUAAAUGCAAUAAUCAUUAUAUUUUUUAUGAUGGCCGUUGAAUUAUGAUUUUUUUGAGAAUAAAAAUGGAAAACUCAUUCAAAAUUUUGAUACUUAAUUAUUACGAUGUGACACACUGUAUUAAUAUUUUUAAAAAUUUUCAGCUAUUUA